AUUUUUUGAGAAAAUGUCUUAUGAAGACUCCUUCCCUGUAAACCUCCAGCAGGCAGAGAGUACACUGAAGUUGCUAAAAUCUCUGGCCGUGAACAAGGAAGACCUAUUUUCCAAGGGAAAAUUCACUGGGAAAAUAGAUUCAAUGAUCGAGACAAAUAAGACCAAAUUGGAUAGACUCAUAGUCCAACUAACCACUAGUUCUAAAAGCCGAGAAUUCAAUGAUAUUGAGAUUGAAAGCAGGAAGAAGAAAGUCAGAGAAAUCAAAAACCAAGAGCAAGAGAUCUUUAGGAAACUAGAGCACAAUUUACUCAUAGAAAUGUCCCAGACUGAUGACCUUGAAGAAAAUAAAGUGGAUUCUGAAGGAAAUAUAGUCCCUGCAAGCCAAAACUCUUCUUCAAAGCGUAAUAAGAUGCUACUUAAAGAACAAAUGAAGCUGCUUAAUAAACAAGAUAUACAUCUGGACGACCUUGGUAAGAUCACUGGUCAGAUGAGGGAGGAUAAUAAGCAAAUCAAUGAGGAACUUGCUAUCCAGCACCAGUUGAUAAAAGAGCUUGACGAGCAGAUCUCUAAAACCACGUCUUCAUUCAAGAAAGCAGACCUGAAGCUGCGUCGAUUAAUCCAGAGCUCCUCAAAGUUGUGUCUGUGGCUUAUCAUUAUUUUCGAACUCAUGCUCAUGUUUGGCAUUCUCUUUAUGCUCUAG